GACGAGCUGCGGAUCAACGCUGCGAUCGUCGUUCGUCUGAAAGUGGUUCUGAAAUACAUAUAUUAAGAUAAAAGAAGCGUAUUUAAUAUUUGUAUUAUUACUAUUCUUUUUUUUUUUGGUUUUAUAAUUUUUGUAAGUUUUUUCAAAAUUUUGUAAAAACGCAUGUGGAAAACGCGACGGCACUUGAAACGAUGCCAUUGCCGUAUAUACAAAUAAAUAUAUAUACAUAUGUACGAUAAUAUACAUUGUAUAUAUAGUUCUACAUAGAAUGUGAAUGCGUUAGAUUAGUGUGAGUCGCGAGUGCUAUAUGUUAUUUUUUUUUUGUUGUGGAUUUUAUUGGAUGCACUGCAAAAAGAGAAAAGUGUCGAAACGAAAUGCAAAAGAAGAGCAAAAUAAAUUGUGAGUGCUGAUUGAUUGAUUGAUUGAUUGAAGAAGCUCGCUAAUUGAAGAGCCUUCAAGCUAAAGAUGUAUAAAACAAGAAAUUAAGAAAUCAACGCAAAAAAAAAAAAACAAAGAUAUAUCAUAAUCAAAAUAAGAUAAACGAGCGAAAAAUCAAGGAAAACACGACAAACAAAUAAAUAAAAAAAUGCAGCCGUUAACGCAGUCAGCCGCAGCAACAGCAACAGCAUCACCAGUAACAACAACAACAACAACAAGAACAACAACAACGAAACAUACAACGAGUAGCUGUAAAACUAACAACAACAACUUAACAUUAGCCAUAAUGCAUAGAUCAACAAGAACAACAACAGCAAGGAAAACGAGCGCAAACUCCAAAUUUCACAAACGCCGACGAAGGCGACAGCGCAGCUGGCAGCGCAGCAGCAGAACAACAAUAGCAACCGCAACCGCAACAACAACAACAGCAACAACUAGAAGAUAUAGUUAUCCAAAUCUGAGCAGAACUGGCGCCUAUCUGACGCUGCUGCUUCUAACCACAACAUGUUCCUUGUGCGCCUCCGUCUCCGUCUUUGACUCCGGAUCUGAAACAAGCGCCGUCAUUAGCAGCAGCUCUGCUUCAGCUGCUGCCACUGCCGCUGCCUCCGUUGGGGCAUUUGCGGUGGCCAGCUCACCGUGUGCACCACAGCAUUGGUGGAAUCAGCUGCAGGGCAAGUGCACGCCCUGCACCAGCUGCCAGGGUGAGAUGAUAUCGCUGCGACCAUGUCAGCUGCAUAUCGAUACCGUAUGUGGUUCCAUUUACGAUCUGAAAAUCGAUUGGGUUGUGCUCGCCCAAACGGAGCGCAACUGGAAAGAGCGCCGAAAGUCCUCGGAGUAUGAGCAUAUUGAUCAGGCAACGGCGCUGCAGCAUUUGACGCACGAACAGCUGCAGCAGUUGCAUGAGGAGGCAGCUGCCGCUUUGCCCCUUGACUGGCAAACGGGCGCUCUCUUCAUAGCGGUGCUUGCCUGUCUCCUCUUCUUCUCGGUCGCCGCCUGCAUUCUUAUUCAUCAUAUGCGCCAAUGGCGUCGCAUGGAGCGUCGAUUGGAUCAAGAUGUGGAAGAGUUGUCCACGAAGCUAAUGGCCAAGCUGGCGGAGGUGCAGAGUCUGGAUGGUGGCACCUUCUUCAUAGGCAAUGCGGAUGCGCUGCGCGGUCUGCCCGCCUCGGCAGUGACAGCGGCGUCAGCGGCUGCCUCGGCAGCGCAGUCGGGCAUAUUUCAGCCGCAACAUGUGCUGCUGCCUGUGGAAAAGCAUGUCAAGCAUCAGGAGCGACGCAUUCUGAAGACCCUACAACCGGGCAAUGUGUACAUCGAGGAGAACAAUGCAGUUGGAGUCGGAAUAAUUCCAAACUUCAAGGGCUGAAGGGCAAAGGUAAAGGAAGAUGAACUGUUUUGUUGGUAACAACAACAACAAGAAGCAGCAAAGCAACAUUUUUUGUACAAAGAAGAAACAGAUUGAGAGCUGGAAAACUGAAGUGAAUCAAUCGGAGAAUUAUCUAAUGCGUACGACUAUAUUUUUGUCUAAUAAUUAAAUAUAAUUAAAUGUUAUGUUGACUUGUUUGUAAUGCAAAUGCAAAGCAAUUAAUAUAUAUAUAUAUAUAUUGCGUUAGUUAUGUGUAUGUUGGCAAAUAAUUUGUUCAAAGUGUCUGUACAAUUUAUUUGCCACGCCGAGCGUAACAUUAAUUCUAAAUGCGAAAUUGACAGAUCGUUUUGUACAUACUUAUCAUAAUGAAAAAAGAAUAUUUUUUUUCGAAAUAAUUUGAGAGGGAGAGUUACAAACUAUGAAUGAAUAAUAUAAUAAUAAUAGUAUUCCCAUAUGAUUAACAAAUUUCUACUUAAUGUAAAUAUUAAGGCGAGCGAACGCGACAACGAAGUGGCACCAAGUGGAACCAGGCAAUAUCGGGAGCAUAUCAGCUACUAAUUUAUAUAGUCGGGCAUAUUGUAUAUCACACAUACAUACAUCCAUACAUGAUAUCGUUUCAUCCAUGCACAUAUACGAUUAAAUACUAUAUUUAUCGAUAGAUCCGUAUCGAUGUUAUACCAUAUUUCAAGUACUAUAUUAAUUUAAAUUAAUUAUUUAACGAGCGCUUUGUUUACACACCUUUUUUUUAUUAUUAUUAUUUUUAAUUAUUAAUUAUUUGUUUAUAGCGAAAAAUGCGAGAAUAUUCAAUUAGGAUUAUAAAUAUUAAAUAUUUCAUAAUAAUAAUUAUACAACAACAAUAAAAUCGCAUAAGAAUUAACAAAAAACAACAACAAUAACAACAACUAAUAACGACUAUCAAUGAGAAUAGCAACAAAAUCGAAA